UUUAUCUUAAUCUAUAUAAAUAACAAUCUUUUAUCCAUAAUUGACUUCAAUAUUAAUAAAAAUUUGGAGUAAAAAUGUUUCAAAUUUUGUUUGGAAACGAGACCGCAUUGCAAACAGGAAGUUGAUCAUACUAGAAAAUAGUGCAAAUAUUUAUAAGCUUAUUUCAUUUAUUUAUAAAUUCUGUUGUACAAUACUAAAUUACGUAAUCAAUAUGGUUAAUAUUCUAAUCAGUGUACAACUACAUUUGCGAAUUUUAUUGAACUAACACUAUAGAAAUAGUUCAGAAAAGCGGAUGAAUAUAUAGGCCUUAUCCCACAAUUCACCGGUGUUGCUAUGGAAUCAAUGACAACAAAUACAACCAACACAUGUUCACUUUCACAUUUGGAGUUGCAGUAGGCAGUCAAGUUAUUUUAACUCAAAUUUUGCUUUGAUUUCAUAUUGAAUAUAUCAUCAUGCAGAUGUCCAGCAGAGACCCUUACCCUUUCCCAACACUUCAGAAUGAUGAGGACUUUCAAGGAGCAUCAGGCACAGAGAAAAAACCUUAUGGCCUUCCAACACACCUUGCUCAGAAAAAUGAGCCAUGGCAGAGACUAAACACAACCCCCACCCUAUCCAGUGCACGAAGGGAGGUCUACCACUUCGAUCCACAGGCACCUAGAGACAGUUUAGACUUUGUAUUGAAGGCACAGUAUGACCACCAUAAUGCUUUCUUAGUUGGAAAACCAGGAACUUUAAAUCAGCCAGAAACACUGGGACAAGAGCAUGGGAGAGUUUUAAAGAACAGAAUUGUGGAACAACCUGAGCCAGAAAACCCCCUCAACCAUCCUCUAAGAGUGGCCACCGACCCCAAAAGGCGUACUAUAGACUCUAUGCACUCAUGUCAUAAUGCAAUUGAAGGCCACCAUACACAAACAACAAACAGAGGAUACUCGAGAAAACCUGGCGGUGGAUUCUUUGAAUAUUAA